AUGUCCAAUAACGACCGCAACAGCCCUCCUGCCGAAGGCCCUCGACAACGCCGCAGCUCUGUCACCCAGCAGACCCUCAACAACCUAUUCGGAGGCAGGUCCAAUAGCACAUCCGGGGCUCCCACGGCCGCCCUGCCAGGUCCCAUCACCAUAGCCGUAGCUCAAGACCAACGCCGACGCAUGUCCAUCUCAACCCUCGGUCUAUCUGGAACAUCACCUACACAACAGCUUCCAAUGGGUGCACGACGAAGCAGUAUCUCAACUGCUGGCUCAGAUUCAAUCGAUGAGAAUGCUAUUGAUGAUGAAGAUGGUCCCGCCCGCAGCAACCCUAACACACCGUUCGCUCGCCGCAUGUCAUUCGGAACCCAGGCCCUUCGCCGAGCACAGCCCGGGGGUAGCCCAGGCACAGGCACAAAUGGUACGAAGAGAUCUUCCUCCUACACCACAGCCCCAGCCCUUCCCACAAUUCCAUCCGGUCCUCGGAGCUCACGCUCGGGGUCCGGAAACGGCGGGGGUACCACUCCUCCCCAAGUUCAGAAUCAACCAUAUCAGGCAAGCACGCAAUCAAAGCCCAGAACAGCUUCUGACCUUUCCGUUUCCGCUCGUCCAGGUGAAGGUGGUGGCUUCAACUGGUCUGAGCAACUUAGAUCCCGUGCUGAGAGCUCUGUCUCUCAAUCUCAGCGUCCUAGCUUCUCAAACCCCACCUCUGCUGCCAAGCAGCCUGCCCAAGAGCGCCAGAAGAGCGUGAGUGAGAUGCCGGCUCCUCCUUCGGUGGUCCCUGCUCAGACCCCUCCCAAGCCUGCGAGAAAGCAGCCCGAUGCUUUCCAAGAGCGAAUCCUGAAGGGAGACUUUUACAUGGAUUAA